AUGACCACUCACACCCAACGUUGUUGUGACCAAAGAUCUGAGACCAAAUCCGUGACCUAUCGAUUCGCAAAAGAUUGGCAAGAGAAGAAUGACUUGGCUAGAGCUUGUUUACAUAAGGCAAGUAAGCGUAGCAAGAAGUGGGCCGAUCGAACCAGAAGGAUGUACAAUUUCAAGUGGAGAGUGGGCAAGGUGGCCUACAAGCUGGAGUUGCCACCAAAACUUAAAGUACACUCAGUCUUCCAUGUAAGCAUGCUUAAGCCGUUUCAUGGAGAUCAAGAGGAUCCAAAUCGAGGCAAGUCUGAACGAGCACCGAUGGGGGUAAAGGUGUCGUACGAUCGUAAAGUUGAAAACAUUGAGGCGGAUCGGAUAAUUAGACAAAAGUACCACCGACCACGGCAUGAGUACUUAGUUCGAUGGAAGGGACUUCCUGAUAGUGAAGCAAGUUGGGAACUUGCCGAGGCAUUAUGGCAGUUCCAAGAGAAGAUUGACCAGUUCCACAAAGAAGAUGCGAUGAGGGCGUCGCUAGAACAAGUGGGGGAGAAUGUCAUGGGUUGCGCAUGGGAACACGCAACCAUGACGAACUUGUGCGAUCCAUCGUAUUUGAAGGAGGUCAUUUGGCCCAACCAAACUGGCCCGUUGCCUGAAGAGAUUAAAAGCCCAUCCCAAGAGUCUGAUAAAUAA